AUGCCAAACCGAUAUGAAGUCAAUCAACAUAAUAAUGGAGAUGGGUGUUGUUCUGGGUUAAGAAAGAGGCUUAGAUCUGUUUUAAGGUCUUGUACUGGUGGUUCAUGUUCCUCAUCAGAUGACGAUGAAGAAGUUGAAUUGGAAGAAUACAGACAAACGGGAAGCCCAGUUCCGUCAAUAAGCUCCCAAGUUGAUCGAACUCAAUUCCGCGUUUCUUCUGUUGGAGAGUUAAAUGCGAAAACUCGAAGAGAUGCAGAUGAAUUGCAAAAGCUAUUAACUAGAUAUAAAGAGUUCGGUUGUUCACCUGGUGAUGAUAGACCAGCCUGCAAACAUUUAAGAGAUAGAAUCAAAGAACUUAAAAGGAGCUUGCUUAAAAGGGGAGUAGCUCUUUCCGAAUCUUGUGACUGA